AUGUUGGGUGCCUUUCGUCGCUCCGCUGUGAGCCAUGCCCUGCGAUCCUGCCCGCGAACAUUGUCGGCGCGGUCAAGUCCCCAACGCCUUCAGUUUCUCUACUCAUCGAUAUCUGGACCGUCAUCUACGUCGAAGUCACUGUUCCACUCAGGCCAGUUUCGGUUUUCGGCCCAGGUGAAUGCCGUCGCGGAGAAUAGCAGCCAGAAUGUCUCAGUCGAAGAGCUACCGACUCGGUUUGCGGAAUUGGGAGAGAGAAACAUUCUUCCACGGAAUUUAGUGGAGAAUCUCACGAAACAUAUGAAAUUGGAGACCAUGACCGAAGUACAACGCAGGACGAUCCUCGAGUCUGUGAAAGGCGGAGACAUGUUGGCUCAGGCCAAGACCGGUACCGGUAAAACUGUUGCUUUUCUGAUUCCCGUUGUUGAGAAACUCCUUGGCGAUCGCAGUCUUCUUAAGACGAGUUACCGCAAUGGCCGGAAAAUUGCCCCUAUCGAUAUCCGAGCAAUCGUCAUUUCGCCCACGCGAGAGCUUGCUGAGCAGAUCGCAGUUGAGGCAAAACGCUUGGUCGCUCGGACAGGUCUGCAAGUACAGGUCGCUGUGGGUGGUACCAUGAAGCGGGCUGCUCUGCAUCAGCUUCAACGGGAGGGUUGCCAUAUCCUUGUCGCGACACCCGGCAGACUCAAGGAUCUCCUCACGGAUCCCACUAGCGGCGUUAGAGCGCCGAAGUUGAACACCUUUGUUCUUGAUGAGGCUGAUCGCUUGCUCGAUGAAGGCUUUGCUCCCGAGCUUAUGGAGAUUCAACAUCGGCUUCCGGAUCCCGCAGAGGUUGAUCGCCAGACCCUCAUGUUCUCAGCUACCGUGGCCCCUGAGGUCAUGGGAAUGGUCCGCAGCACCAUGAAGCGCGACUUCCGAUUCGUCAAGUGCGUCCGGGACGAUGAGGUCCCCACGCAUAUGUCGGUUCCGCAAAAGGCAGUGAUUCUGCAAGGUCUCGAGAAUGCUAUGCCAACAUUGCUAGAGCUGGUCAAGAAAAGCUAUGAUCCACGGAGCACAUUCAAAGCUAUUGUGUACUUCGGUUCUACCAGAGAGACAAAUACUGCCUUUGAAGCGUUUGAUCAGCUACUCGCUCAGAGGACUCGAGUCGCCAACUGGUUCCGAAAGUGUCAAUCUGGUAUCCUUUUCUCAACCGACGUCACCGCCCGUGGUAUGGAUUUCCCAAAUGUCACACACGUUAUUCAAAUUGGUGUACCCAAGACCCGCGAGGACUACAUCCAUCGUCUUGGCCGAACAGCCCGUGCAGGUAAAACUGGUCAAGGCUGGAUCUUCAUACACGAGCAGCAAAUGGGCACUCUUAGGAAACUGCUCAGAGAUAUUCCCGUCGAAGUCGACCGCGAAACUCUCACUAUACCCUCCCUUAAGCUGACCGAAGAAUCCCCAUCCACCACCCCUGAAGCCACCGAAACUCUCCUGCAGAUGAAGUCGGGUUUCGCUCAAGUCAGCCGCGCUACUAAGUCAGAAACCUGCCUCGCCCAACUGUCCAACCUGGUUGGCAGUUUUCGCAACAGGUCCCUGCUGCGUGAGGCUAUCACCAACCUAGCCAUUCAUGGCUACGGCCUCCGAGACGCACCGCAUAUUCCCAGCUCCAUGGCUGAAAAGGCAGGCCUCGACCGAGAGAGCGGGUUCAGUAUCCGAAAUUAUAAACCGUCGCAACGCCACAGGCAGGAUAGCGCGCAAGGCCACAAUAACUACGGUGACCGCCGCCGUUCGUUCAAUGACCGCCGGCCUAUCCGCAAUAAUGACUUCUACCCCAACCGUCGCGCCGCCCGUAGCUCCGGUCGUCAAGGUUCAGGUGCCCGUGAGCGUCAUGGUGCGCCUUCGGCCGAGAGGUUCGACAAGUGGCUCGAUAACCGCAAGGAUGAGUGGGCCUAAAUAAACCCCAAGCCGACUCACCCUACCGCUCCCUAGCUGUUCAUACUAUGGAAUAGCUCUAGCUCAGCACUACCUAAUCACCCUUCGCAACGACAAAACCUACCUCAAAAUGAGAAUGCAUUGGGCGGCGUUACAAGGAAAUACUCGACUCACCUCUUGUUUUCGGUUCGUUUGUUUUGUCUACUGUCAAUAGACUCGACUUGGCUGGACUCCAUGUUAUCUACCGGUGUCUUUAUAGUGUCUUGCCUACUUUCUGGAAGGGUGUUUGGAUACGGAUAUAACUUCUAAGUUUACCAUACCAUGUACGUUACAGAUUUGUUCAAUGUAUAAUA